UUCUCUCUCCGAUUGUCUUACCAUCGCCAUCACCCUUCAAUUAUGCUGUUGCGUAAAAUAAGAUAGAGAGAGGGCAGUGUGCGAGCAACAUUGUGCACGAAGCUCUUAUUUUAAGUCCUCUCAUAAAUAUUCCACCCUGCCCCAAAUUUACAAUUGAUCUGACGACAGUACAGCAACAGUGAGCCAAUGGAAAUCCAAGUUCCACUAGUUGAAACACUAGUUAAGAUGGCAACACAUCUCCAAAGACGGAUUUAUGGGAACCUCUUGCCAAAACAAGAAUAAAAAAAAUACAGAAAUAUGAAAACAGACAACACGGCAUUGGAGGAACCAGAGAUCAGCGAAGAAAUCACAUGUACAUCCGGCAAUAUACAACGCGAUACCAGCCGUACCACUCACAAGCGUCUCGGGGAUGCGUACUUUGCGCGUCCGUUCCUGAGAAAAAGGGAUAGACUGCCUUGCUCGUGGAUACAUUUCGUUUAAAAUGGACAUUGCACUGGUUGGAUUUUGCCAAGGAAGGGCAACGCACAUCAAGCGAAAUUCCUAAACUUGCGUUUUUCCUAUUUUCAGCCAGCUGACCGUCACGUUUCCAGGGAGAGUUUGCGAUACCCAGGCUGAUCACGAACCGCUUCACGGAUUAUUAUACAGUCGGGCUAAAGAGGCACCGGCGUCUUCAAGGUUAUGGAUUGGCCGUGCUCAUGAUGUUUUCGAAUUUACCACGUUUAAGCGGAUGGAAUCGGGCUAUAAUCGAUGACGUCGCUUCUGCUUUUAAUCAACUCGCGUCUUUGUCGCCCGAGGGAUGAGCUAUGACUGUCACAUAUAGCAUCAAAGGGAGAAAUUCAACAUAGGCACCUUUGUGAAACGUAGAUGUGUCGUGCACUCCGAGGUUUAACUUCGAUACUGGUUGAGAGUUGAUAAAAAAACUGAAGUCGUCGGAUAUGUGGGAUGACACCUCAAACUGCAACUGCACUACCGUGAGCUGGGCCAUUCCUGCACAAGAAAAUGCAUAUCUGGAUACUGAAAAUAAUAUUGCUGGUUGCCACAUCUCUGAGUCUGGUUGAGAUGUAUGACAAUUAUGGGGAGAUCUGUAGGAAUCUGUGCACUUGCGAGGAGAAGGAAGGCAUUCUGACGGUCAGUUGUGAGAACAGGGGCAUUGUGCGGCUGUCGGAAAUAAGCCCAGUUCAGUUUUCUAUGUACCAUCUUUUGCUGACAGGUAAUUUGCUGAAAAGACUAUCUGUCAAUGACUUCAUCAACUAUACUGGAGUUACUAUUUUGCAUUUAGGUAAUAAUGACAUAUCUGAGGUGGAGACCGGGGCUUUCAACGGGCUCCAAGGAUUAAAGAGAUUACAUUUGAACAAUAACAAAAUAGACAUGCUAAGGGAUGACACUUUCGUCGGACUCGAGAGCCUAGAAUACCUUCAGAUAGACUAUAAUUUCAUUAGCACUAUUGAACCUAAUGCUCUGAGCAGGCUUCAGCAACUGACUGUGCUUAUUCUCAAUGACAACUUGUUGUCCUCUUUGCCCACAAACAUUUUCCGGAAUGUGCCCUUGACGCACCUGGAUCUUAGGGGCAACCGCUUAAAAAUGUUCCCUUACAUCGGCCUUUUGGAGCAUAUGGACAAAGUAGUGGAAUUACAGCUUGAGGAGAAUCCGUGGAAUUGUUCCUGCGAGCUCAUUGCGCUUAAGGCUUGGCUGGAAAGCAUCGCCUACACAGCUCUGGUGGGGGAGGUGGUAUGUGAGACUCCUUUCAGGCUCCAUGGCAGGGAUCUGGACGAGGUCUCAAAGCAGGAACUGUGUCCCAGAAGGGCCAUAUCAGAGUACGAGAUGCGGCCUCCACCCCCACUCAGCACCAGCGGCUAUUUCCAGACCACACCGGCGGCCGUGACGGCAUCAGCCACAUCUUCGGCCGUCCUGCGAUCCUCGUCCAGGCCGACCAAGGGCACACGGCAACCCGGCAAAACCAAGUCCAAGCCUACUUCUCGAAUCCCAGCCAACCCCUACAACUAUGGGCCCAUCAUUGCUUUUCAGACCAAAUCUCCCGUGCCUUUGGACUGCCCCACCACAUGUACAUGCAAUCUACAGAUCUCCGACCUGGGGCUAAAUGUCAACUGCCAGGAGAGGAAGAUUGAAAACAUAUCAGAUCUGAAGCCCAAGCCAUACAAUCCUAAAAAGAUGUAUCUCACAGGGAACUACAUCCCUGUCGUUCGUAGAUCUGACUUUGUGGAGGCUGAGGGACUGGAUUUAUUGCACCUGGGAAACAAUCGGAUAGCACUCAUACACGACAGAGCCUUUGGGGAUUUAAUUAACCUACGUAGGCUGUACUUGAAUGGCAAUUUGAUUGACAGACUCACAGCAGAUAUGUUCUUUGGGUUAAAAAGUCUGCAGUACUUGUAUUUAGAAUAUAAUAAGAUUCGAGAGAUUGUAGGUGGCACCUUCCGCUUUGUGCCCAACCUUCAGUUACUUUUCCUCAAUAACAAUCUUUUAAAAACAUUGCCAGGAGGCAUCUUCUCUAGUCUGUCUCUCUCCCGACUCAACCUUCGCAGCAACCACUUUCAAAACCUGCCUGUCAGCGGAGUUCUGGACCAGCUGAAAGCACUGGUCCAGAUUGACCUAUUUGAGAACCCUUGGGACUGCUCCUGCGAUGUGGUCGGCAUGAAGAUCUGGCUGGAGCAGCUAAACACAGGAACAGUGGUCAAUGAUGUCAAAUGCGUGACUCCCAAGCGGCUCGCGGGCCAGGAUAUGCGGGUUGUCCCCUCUGAGCAAUUAUGUCCAGAUUACUCCGAUGUCAUCGUCUCCACCGUGGUUCCUUCUGAGGAGCCUUCUGCAGACAGGAUCACCACCACGGAGACACCCCAGAGGUUUAACACCCAUUCCAGUAACGUUCCUUUGUCUGUCCUCAUUCUCAGCCUCCUCCUUGUUUUCAUUAUGUCGGUGUUUGUGGCAGCCGGCCUGUUUGUGGUGGUGAUGAAGAGGCGUAAAAAGUCUCAGAGCGACCGUACCAGCACAAACAACUCUGAUGUGAGCUCCUUCAACCUGCAGUACAAUCUCUAUAGCAAUCGCUCCGUUCCCAAGGUCAAGGCCCCAGCGGGUCAUGUCUAUGAGUACAUUCCCCAUCCGUUAGGUCACAUGUGCAAAAACCCAAUCUACAGGUCCCGGGAAGGGAAUGCUGUGGAGGAUUACCCUGAUCUACACGAACUCAAGGUCACCUACAGGAGUAAUGCUGACGAGGACCAGGAGGUCACCUUGAGGAGCCCGAAUUACACAGUGAGCACCAUCGAGCCUCGUGAGCAGCCGUCCCCUGUCCAGGAUGCAGAACACUUUUUCCGAGGAAUCCUGGAGCCGGAUAAAUCCCCAUCGACUGCUGGCAGCAGGUUUGAAUAUAAGUACACUGGCCCCGUCCCGUACACAUACCAACCAAACUUCGACGUCAGGCGCCAGUUCUUACAUCCAGAAGGAAUACGAGAGACUAUGCUAUAUGGCACAGCGCCAAGUACUGUCUUUGUGGAGCCCAAUAGAAACGACUAUUUGGAACUAAAGGCAAAACUUCAAAUAGAGCCGGACUACCUCGAAGUUCUUGAGAAACAGACAACACAGAGCCAGUUUUAAAUGUUGGGCUAUCUAUAAAUGCAGUAGAUGCAUUUUUCCCCUUGUACUGACUCAAACUGGAGGGUGCCUUGGCACAACAUACAUCAACGUAAAGAGAAAAAAAAAAGUCCAAAUCCUUAAGUGGGGUGUGCCGAACUAUGUUACUUUAAUUUCAGAACCACAUGGCAUUACAGAAAUAUCUAAGAAUGAAAACAAAUAAAUAGAGCUCGCGGAACUUGGAUGAAAGCACGAGUUGUGAUAUAAAACUGGCGAUGCAAAAAUCUAUUUUUUUAAGUGGAUGAUUGAAUACUCAUAAAUCUAAGUGUACAGGUUAAUCUCACCCAAAUACAUUUUCAGGAAUAUAAUCAUACAAAUAUUGUGAAUUUAAAGAGGUCGGGGAGGGGUUUCGCAAACAAGAACAAAAGAAAAAAAACAAAAAACAAAAAAAAAACACAACUUUCUGACAGAAACACUAUACAGCAGCGCAUCCAAUCGAGCAGGACAAUUUCUCUGCUUUAGUCUGUAAGUAAGUACUGUAUUUAUUGGUAUACUCUUUGCCAUGUAUUUUCAACAUUUUUUCAAUGCUCAUCAAUAUUAUGUGUGUCAUGUCCCAUUCUCUGUACGAACAUUUUGUUUGUAGUUUCCGAUCACUUACUGUAGCUUGCAUUGUACAAGUGGCUUUUUUUCAGCAGUGGCACACCCCAAUGUCGAAGAGAGACUUUGCAUCAUUUAACAAUUUCAAAGGAAAAGUGUCUUUGUAUGCUGUCUGCACUUUUUUGGAAGAUGGAAGGCCACAGGGCCUUCCCAGCUAACGUUAGAAGAAAUAUUAUAUAUUAAAAAUGAAUAUGUGUAUUCAUUCUUAAUAUGUAUUUUUAAUAUGUUAUAUCAAAAUUCAUAAAUAAUAAUUGAAGUAAUAAUUAUGUUGUGUAAUACUGAUAUUUUAAUGUAACACCUAUUUUUAUACAAGCAUUCGCAAUUCUCUUUCCCUUAUCGUUUCCAUUGUUUUGAUUGCUUUGCACUUAUUGCACUAUAUUGACCAAAAUAUGUUUAUGUCAUCAAUAAAUAUGAUGUCGGUU